AUGGUCAUCACUAUUAUAUUGGCCAACGCUAUCCUCUACCGCACACUGGUGGACCAAGGAAGUUCAGCUGACAUCUUGUUUAAAACUACCUUCGACGAACUCGACCUUGAAGAAAAAGAGCUCAGAGCAUAUCUGAACAGCUUAUUCGGAUUAGGAGACACUCCAAUUCAACCACUUGGAUACAUCUCGCUAGACACAACCUUUGGAAAGGGAAACUGGUCAAGGACACUCAACAUAGACUACAUUGUGGUCGAUGUGAGCUCAGCCUACAAUGCCUUAAUAGGUCAGACAACGCUAAAUCAGCUCGGGGCAGUAGUCUCAACUCCACAUCUAUGCAUGGAUUUCCCAACUACAGAAGGGAUUGCUAUGAUAAAAGGAGACCAUAAAAUAGUAUGCCGCUGUUAUAAUGAAAGUCUGAACCUUAGAGGAAAAUGGGAGGAAAUCCACACCAUCGAACUCGGGGGAAUUCGAGGUUGGGAAGAACUCCGUCCACAGCCUGAAGGCGAGACAGAAAAAGUCCAGAUCGGAUAUUUCCCAGAUAAAACAACCAAUAUCGGAGCUACCUACCAAAGGUUAAUGAACAAAGUCUUUACAGAUAACAUUGGAAAACUAAUGGAGGCUCACACCAUCAAGGUUCAGACCAACCAGUCUAUAAAAGGCAUUCUGCAGAAAACAGAUUUAGCGGGGAGAAUCCUACAGUGCGCAGUCGAGUUAUCCGAAUUUGACCUCCAAUAUAAAGCUCGGACAGCGAUCAAAUUACAGUAUCUGGCCGACUUCGUUGCAAAGUACACUGACACCCCGGAAAUCCCUACAAAGUGGAAUCUUUACAUGGAUGGUUCUUCCAAUAAAACCGGGAGCGGAGCAGGCGUGAUAAUAGAAAGUAAUCAGGGAACCCAAAUCGAACUCUCACUAAAGUUCGAGUUCCCUACUUCUAAUAACUAG